GGAGACGAGAAGUAGCAGAUCUCUCUUAAAGGUAAAGCAAAUGGUGACAGUUACGGGCUUGGGUGCUAUCAGUUCGCUUAUGAUUACAAGCUGUUUGGCGGUCCUAACCCACUCGGUCCUGACCACCUACCUUGACGCACCGGGGCCCAGCCCAGCCGGCAUAUGCUCAUCUGUUGUCCAACCCUACGGCUACUCCUGCGAAGAGCACACUGUGACCACCAAGGAUGGUUAUAUUUUGAGCGUCCAAAGAAUUCCACAUGGGAAACGAGGUUCAAAGAUAAGCGGCCAACCCGUCUUGUUACAGCACGGGGUUCUCAUGGAUGGGUUGACAUGGCUAUUGAAUCCUCCGGAUCAGUCACUGGCCUACGUCUUGGCCGAAAGUGGGUUCGAUGUUUGGAUCCCCAACACGCGAGGGACUCAUUUCAGCCGCGCCCACACUUCUCUCCAGCCUACUGACCCGGCUUAUUGGAAUUGGUCAUGGGAUGAGCUCGCUGCAUACGAUCUUCCUGCUGUCUUCGGAUAUGUUCACGGCCAGACUGGCCAGAAAAUCAACUAUGUCGGCCAUUCGCAGGGAACACUGAUGGCCUUGGCAUCAUUCUCUCAAGGGAAAUUGAUGGACACUGUGAGGUCGGCUGCUCUGUUGUCCCCCAUUGCUUAUUUGAGUCACAUGUCAAGCGCCAUCGGCCAACUUGCUGCCAAAGCCUUUGUUGGAGAAGUCACUAAUUGGUUGGGUAUCGCUGAAUUCAAUCCUAAAGGGCAGGCUGUGGCCAAAUUCCUUAAGGCUCUUUGUGCCAACCCCGGGAUUGACUGCUAUGACCUAAUGACUUCCUUCACAGGCAAAAACUGCUGUCUAAACUCAUCUACAGUGGAGCUCUUCCUGAGAUACGAGCCACAAUCUUCUUCAUCGAAGAACAUGGUGCACUUGGCCCAAAUGGUGCGGAAUGGAAAGAUAGAGAUGUAUAAUUAUGGGAAUCCGAACGACAACAUGAAGCACUACGGUCAGGCCGAUCCUCCGACGUAUAACAUGUCGAACAUUCCUCGACAACUUCCUCUGUUUCUAAGCUAUGGAGGUCAGGACGCUCUCUCUGUCACUAAGGAUGUGGAGCUUUUGCAGGACAGCCUCAAAUUCCAUGAGGGAGAUGAACUUACAGUGCAAUACAUUGAUAACUAUGCACAUGCUGACUUUGUUAUGGGCGUCUCAGCCAAACAUACUGUUUAUGAUCCCCUUAUUGCCUUCUUCAAUCGCCAUUGAAUCACUCAAGAAUUGUAAUGGAGGAGAAGGAUGAAGAAUCAGCCUUUUAGAGAUUAGAAUGUUGUGAAACCAUCAUUUAUAGUUUUAAGCUAUUGUUUAGGAGGCAUUUGUGAUUUAUUUGAGGCCAGUUCUGUUGUAAAAUCAUCCUUGAUGAUCUAAAUCAUCAUUUAUGAUGUAAAAUCAGUUUAAGGGCCUUUAUGAUGUAAUGAAGAUUUAUGUACUCCUUAAAUUUUCAAGCAUAAGGCAAUGCAAUGACAUCAUUCGUCAACUUUGAGCA